AUGGAGGUGUUGGUAGCUGCCCCAGACUCUGAGGCUCAGCCCGUUGAGUGCCCGUCGCCGACCCCGGCGCCCCGACCUCGACCCAGCCCCAGCUACGGACCCAGCAACUCUGCCCGCCGUGCGAACCGCCACCGAGGAACGUCUCCGCAGGAGCCUUCCUUGAGUGGAAGCCCGUCCCGACCCAGCACCGCACCCACUCCUGAACUCAAGAGUCUCCUGACAUCCACGCCACGGUCAAACCGUCAGGCAUGCCCAAGUCAGGAGAAGGAGAAGGGGGCCGCGUCACCAGUCACACGGCCCCGAAUGGAACACUCUCCAGCCAAGAAUCGGGUUCAGGAGCACUCGCCUCACUCGCCGACCAAGAACCUGCUCAGCACUCCAAGCACGUUGACGGCGAGUGCAAAGGCAUUGGCUCCGAAAACGACCGUACCACGGGACUAUGCACGUUGCCGUGCCCGAUCACAAAGCCAGCCGAAACGUAUGGGGGACACCUAUGACCUGGCUCGCUUCACGGACGCUCAGAAGGAGAAUGACACCUUCGACCGUGCUUUGAAGGAAAUCCAGGCAGGCCGCAAGACGUCCUGCUGGAUGUGGUUUGUGAUCCCUUCGCCUCCACACAUGAAGAACAACAUCGAGCAUGGCAGCAGCCUGAACCGCAAGUACGCCAUCAGGUCCGACGAGGAAGGCCGGGCCUGGCUGAACUACGAGGCGGAUGGUGUGGACCUGCGUGCAAACUAUUUCGCCAUCCUCGAGGCCCUCUGCGAGCAUUUGCUGGCUGGGAAGGCAGCGCGUUCGGUGAUCGGCAGUUUUGACGAGCCCAAGCUUGCGAGCUCAAUUUUGUUCUUCGAGCGGUUGUCUCGCAACGAAGACAACGAGCUGAACACCUUGCUCGUGAAGAUUGCAGGCCUCAUGGAGCUGCAGAUCACGCCCUGA